AUGGGAAUCAAGCAGCUCUUCUCCAUCAUUAAGGAGGAGGCGCCCGAGGCCGUGAAGGAGGGCGAGAUCAAGAACCACUUCGGCCGCAAAGUCGCCAUUGUAAGUGUUCAAUGGCUCCUGUCCAUGAGCAUCUACUCCUUCCUCAUCGCAGUCCGAUCUGAUGGCCAACAACUUAUGAACGAGGAGGGUGAGACCACGUCCCACCUUAUGGGAAUGUUCUACCGCACCCUUCGAAUCUGCGACAAUGGCAUCAAACCACUCUACGUCUUUGACGGCGCCCCACCAAAGCUCAAGUCAGGCGAGCUCGCGCGGCGAUACCAGCGGAAGCAGGAGGCCAACGAGGGCCUGGAGGAGGCCAAAGAGACCGGCACAGCAGAAGACGUGGAGAAAUUCUCGCGAAGGACGGUCCGCGUGACAAAGGAGCACAACGCAGAGUGCCAGCGGCUGCUCAAGCUCAUGGGCGUCCCGUACCUGAUCGCGCCGACAGAGGCCGAGGCGCAAUGUGCCGUUCUGGCGCAAGCGGGCAAGGUUUACGCGGCGGCCAGCGAGGACAUGGACACCCUAUGCUUCAACAGCCCGAUCCUGCUGCGCCACCUUACGUUCAGCGAGCAACGCAAGGAGCCUAUCCAGGAGAUCCACCUCGACAAGGUCCUGGAUGGACUGAACAUGGACCGCAAACAGUUUGUCGACCUGUGUAUCCUCCUCGGCUGCGACUACCUCGACCCCAUCCCCAAGAUCGGUCCUCACACUGCGCUGAAGCUAAUCCGCGAGCAUGGGAGCCUCGAGAAAGUCGUCGAGUCGAUCCAGAACGACAAGAAGGGCAAGUACGUCAUUCCCGACGACUGGCCAUACCUGGACGCGCGAGACCUCUUCUUCGAGCCCGACGUGCGGUCAGCCGACGACCCGCUCUGCGACUUCAAGUGGGACAAGCCGGACGUGGACGGCCUGGUACAGUUCCUGGUCAACGAGAAGGGCUUCUCGGAGGACCGGGUGCGGUCCGGCGCGGGAAGGCUGGAGAAGAACCUCAAGAGCUCGCAGCAGAGCCGGCUGGAGGGCUUCUUCAAGCCCGUGCCCAAGACGGAGGAGGAGCAGAAGGCGCACAAGCGGAAGCUAGAGGAGAAGACGAGGAGAAGAGGAAGAAGCUCAAGGAGGAGAAGAAGGAGAAGGCCAAGGCCAAGGCGAAGCCCCGUGGCACCGCCUAAGUGCAGGGAGACCGGGUGCCGAGCAUCGCCCUUCAAGAUGUCAAAGACGUUUAGCGCCAACGACGUCGCGUCGCACAAGACACCCGACUCGCUGUGGAUUAUUGUCGACGAAGAUGUCUACGAUCUGACAAAGUUCCAAGAUGACCACCCAGGUGGCAAGAAGAUCCUCCAAAGAGUAGCCGGAAAGGAUGCCUCUAAACAGUUCUGGAAGUACCACAACGAGGGCAUCCUGAAGAAGUACAAGGGGCAACUCCAGGUCGGCAGCCUCGACAGCAAGCCAAAGGUAGAGGCGAAACCUGCCGCGGAGCCGAUGCCUGUUGCCGCCCCCAAGUCCGCCGCUCCCGCAAAGAAGCCCGUCACCCCCAAGGGCCAGGAGGAGGCCGAGGCGCUGGAGCCGUUCGGCGCCCAGAUCCCCUUCUCCGACCCGAGUUGGUACCAAGGAUUCCACUCCCCCUUUUUCAACGAGACCCACGCCGCUCUCCGAGCCGAGGUUCGCGAAUGGGUCGAGAACGAGAUCGAGCCCAAUGUCACCGAGUGGGACGAGAAGAAGGAGGUACCGCCCGAGAUCUACAAGGAGAUGGGCCGCCGGGGCUACCUGGCUGGCCUGCUCGGCACGGCCUUCCAGAGCGACUACACUGAUAACAAGAUCAAGUCGGUGGCACCAGAGCAGUGGGAUCUCUUCCACGAGAUGCUCAUCACCGACGAGCUCUCGCGCGCCGGCUCCGGUGGUUUCGUCUGGAACGUCAUCGGCGGUUUUGGUAUCGGCUGCCCUCCGCUGGUCAAGUUUGGCAAGAAGGCCCUCAAGGACCGGAUCCUGCCCGGCAUCCUAAACGGUGACAAGCGCAUCUGCUUGGCCAUCACUGAGCCUGAUGCGGGCAGUGACGUCGCCAACCUGACGUGCGAGGCCAAGCUGAGCGAGGACGGCAAGCACUAUAUUGUCAAUGGUGAGAAGAAGUGGAUCACCAACGGUAUCUGGUCUGACUACUUCACGACUGCCGUGCGGACGGGCGGCCCCGGCAUGAACGGUGUUUCUCUCCUGCUCAUCGAGAGGGAGGCCGGUGGUGUGUCGACGAGGAGGAUGGACUGCCAGGGUGUCUGGUCAUCCGGCACCACGUAUAUCACGUUCGAGGAUGUCAAGGUGCCCGUCGAGAACCUCCUGGGCAAGGAGAACCAGGGUUUCAGAGUCAUCAUGACCAACUUCAACCACGAGCGCAUCGGCAUCAUCAUCCAGUGCCUGCGCUUCUCGCGGGUGUGCUUCGAGGAGUCGGUCAAGUACGCCAACAAGCGCAAGACGUUCGGCAAGAAGCUGAUGGAGCACCCGGUGAUCCGGCUCAAGCUGGCGCACAUGGCCCGGCAGAUCGAAGCCUCGUACAACUGGCUCGAGAACCUCAUCUAUCAGUGCGAGAAGAUGGGCGAGACCGAGGCCAUGCUGCGCCUCGGCGGGCCCAUCGCCGGCCUCAAGGCCCAGGCCACCGUCACCUUUGAGUUCUGCGCCCGCGAGGCGUCGCAGAUCUUUGGCGGGCUGUCGUACUCGCGCGGCGGGCAGGGCGGCAAGGUCGAGAGGCUUUACCGUGAUGUCCGUGCCUAUGCCAUCCCUGGUGGAUCAGAAGAGAUCAUGUUGGAUCUGAGUAUGCGUCAAUCCAUGAGGGUUGCGAAGAUGUUGGGAGGCAUGAAGCUAUAG